GUCUUUUUUGGAACUAUAGCGUUUCAUGAAGUUAUUGAACACAAAGACUUUAAACAAAUUACAAAACAUUUAUUUAUAAAAAUAUGGAUAACGCUGUAUUAUUUCUAAAAAAUGUCCUCUGAUAGUUCAGAUGAAGAUUUAGCCCUAAUAAGAGAAGCACAAGAUCCUCAGUUUUUUAAAGAAAACCUAUACAGUUCAAUACAAGAAUCAAAAGAAAAAUUACAGCCUGUUGUAGAACUCGCAAGUCUACGUAAAACUGUAGACGAAAAUGAACAGUUCAACUUCCUUAAAGUAACUCCAGAAUUUCAAAAAUACGUAGCUAAACAACUAUCUUUCAUUUUGGAUAAACAGUUGGAAAAAAACAUUAAUUAUGCCGUCGAGGAUAAAGUUGAUAGAAAGAAAAAGAAGACUACUAGUGGCGUUAAGUUAUUUUAUAAUUCAGACAAGUUAUUGAAAGCGGGUAAAAGUGAGGAAUUGCCUAUUGAUCAACCAGUGAAGAAAUUCGUAGUGAAACGCAAUAUACUAGUGAAAGAAGAGGAUUUGAAGAGUAUAACAGUGUCUGGGGCGGAAAUUUUAUCACAAAAAGACAUUAAAUAUUGGUCGAACAGAACAAAAUCUAAAAAAUUAUUCAAUUACAAACAAGAUAAAAAUGGUACAUUACAGUUAGUUGAAUCGAAGUUUAUUUAUUAACAAUAAUAAUGUCUCACAUGCCGCCAUUUAGAUUGAACGUCCCCAAUUUACCUUCAGACUUACCCCCUGCUCCUUCUAAUCCUAAAAGGAAAAGAAAAAAUGCGCCUAUCCAACCUCCGCCCAGUGUUCAAGAUUUACUACCUCCUCCUUUAUCUGGUUAUGGUGAUACAAUAGUAGCAUCGAACCCUUUUGAUGAUUGUCCCAGUAAUGUUAAUACCGGUAUGUCUAGACCCCACGGUGGGCCCCAAAUGGUCAUGGGAGGUCCCAAUCCGAAUAUGGUUAUGGCAAACAACAUGGGUAUGUAUAGACCAAUGUGUCCUAACCCAUCUAUGGGUAUGAAUUCCCCUAUCAUGCACAGCCCAAACGCCCACCAAAUGAAUAAUUCUAUGAUGAUGAACGGUCCUAGGAUGAAUCAUAUGGGUCCUAGUCACGGUCCGCCCCAUAUGAUGCCCAGUCCCAACGGUCCGGGUGGAGGAGGACCUAUGGGACCUAACAUGAACAUGACAGGUCCUCCUAUGCAUAGUCCUAUUGGUAAUAUGGGUCCAAUGCCUGGCCAUGGAUCAGGUAAUGCUAGUCCAAUGGGUCAUAAUGGUCCUAUGAAUGGCGGUGGGAUGAAUAAUCCCAUGAAUGGUCCACCUAUGGGAGGACCACAAAUGUCUCAUGGAUCGCAUGGAGGUCCUGGACAAGGACCUGGAAUGAAUAUGAAUUCCGGUAAUGGACCACCAGUAGGUCCACCUAUGAAUAAUAAUUUUAUAAUGUCGCCGAUGAAUAAUAUGUAUUCGAAACCUAUGCCGGUUUCUGCUGGUAAAGUGUAUCCAGCGGAUCAACCAAUGGUUUUCAAUUCCCAAAAUCCGAAUGCUCCGCCGAUUUAUCCUUGUGGAGUGUGCCACAAGGAAGUACAUGACAAUGAUCAAGCCAUAUUAUGUGAAAGUGGGUGCAACUUUUGGUUUCACAGGGGUUGCACCGGUUUGACUGAAGCUGCGUUUCAACUUUUAACAGCUGAGGUAUACGCAGAGUGGGUAUGCGACAAAUGCCUACAAUCGAAAAAUAUACCUUUGGUUAAAUUUAAACCUUAAUAUCAUCUUUUCUUCAAAGGCCGUUUGCGGAAUGGACAAAUCCUUUUUAAAUAGUUAGUUAAGAAUUUUAUAUGCAAAAAAUAGAUAAGAGUGAAAAAAAUAUAUUACAAAAAUAAUUUGUAAUUGGACGUCUUGUAUAUCGUUGAUAAUUGUUAGUAAGCUUUGUAUUCAACUUAUUUCAAAUGUCGCACUGAAGUAAUUGAGUUUUUAAUUUAAUUGUGAGUAUUUGCAAAUUUUAAAUAUAGCUAAAAAAAUUAUACU